AUACUUACAUGACGUUUCGAAAAUUGACUAAAUAUGGCGGCUCUAAAUUUAGUUGCAAAAUUAAUACGAAAUCACAAGUUGGUGAUGUUUUCAAAGACGUUUUGUCCAUUUUGUUUAAAAGCGAAAGCUACUUUUAAAAAUGUUGGAGUGUCUGAUAUGAAGGUUGUCGAAUUAGAUGAAGAUAAAAACGGUGUUAGUUUACAGCAAACCUUGAGCUAUCUAACUGGUCGAAAUACAGUACCUAGUGUGUUUGUUGGUGGAAGAUUCAUUGGAGGAGAAACAGAAACUGAUGAAUUACAUAGAUCUGGGAAACUAACUGAAAUACUUAAAACUAAUAACAUUCUAUGAUAUUAAAACAUGUCAUCUUGUCAUGGUAACAAAUAUAUACACAAGCCUAUCAGUAAGGAAAACGAUGAUUUAAAUAUCAUUUGUUGGAAGACACAUAAUGAGUUUUAGUUGCUCGUAUAAUGUUGGAAGUUGUGACAAGUCUAUGUUCUUUGUUGUAUAAACUUUGGGUGAAAUUCACUUGGCUCAAUCAUUAGAGGUGUGGGCUGUCUUGGAAGACUUGGAUGAGGCACAAUUGUAAAAUCCACCAAUUAGCCAAAUAUUAUUGCCAUAAUCACUGUUUUUUUUUUCAAACAAAGAAAUCAAAGGGCCAACCACAACAAUAUUUGGCUUCUUUUUUCAGUAAUCUGGCAACACUGUCCUCAAACUUUUUUUAAGAGAGAAUUUGUUUUAGACUAAAUUAUUAAUCAGAAUUUACAAAUCUGAAAU